CUCGCGCAGUCGCAUCAGAUGAGACUCGCAGUUGAGAUCAGAUCCAGACUAAACUCAGUCAUUAUUAAAGAAACCUCUGAAAUCGAGAAAAUCAUCUGUCCGUCGCGGAAUUCAACGCGACAGAAGAGCGUUCACAGUCCUUUGAUGCUCUGUUGAUGCGUCAAGUUGUGUUUCUGUAGAAAAAUCGAUCUGUUGUGUGUGAAACAGGAUCAUAAACAUGUCACUGUAUCCCUCUCUAGAAGACAUGAAGGUGGAUAAGUUCAUCCAGUCUCACAACACACCCACCGCCAGCCCGUCGAAAGCCUUACCUGUUCCAGAAUCAUCCAGAACCUCGCAAGAGCUGAGCAUCAGUUACUAUGAGUCAAAGACUGAAGAGAUGGGCACGCCAGGCAGGUUGUACCCAGAGCUGAAUGAAUUUAUGGGUUUAAACCUCAGCGCAGAUGCUCUACAGACUUUGUCAUCUUCUGUCCCCGACCAGAGCAGCGGGACUGUCAGGGGCCGGCCGUCCGGGGCGAGCUGGGCGGCAACACCUAUAACAGGGAAUGACAUGGGAGUGAAGAGGGCUGAGAUUCGACAGGGUGUACGGGAGGUGGUGCUUUGCAAAGACAUGGAUGGGAAGAUUGGUCUCCGUCUCAAAGCCAUUGACAAUGGUGUGUUUGUGCAGCUGGUGCAGGCGAACACUGCCGCAGCACUGGGUGGAUUGCGGUUCGGCGAUCAGAUUCUGCAGAUCAACGGUGAAUCGUGCGCCGGCUGGAGCAGCGAUUACGCACACAAGGUCCUGAAGAACGCCAACGCAGAGCGCAUCACGCUGGCCGUGCGAGACAGACCACUGGAGAGAACCGUCACCCUUCACAAGGACAUGAGCGGACAACUGGGAUUCAUCUUUAAAAAAAGCCGAAUCACUUCAAUAGUGAAGGACAGCUCAUCGGCACGAAACGGACUCCUCACCGACCAUCAGAUCUGUGAGAUCAACGGUCAGAACAUCAUUGGACUGAAGGACCCCCAAAUCACCGACAUCCUUAAUUCCAGUGGGGGUGUCGUCACGGUUACGGUGAUGCCGGUGGUUAUCUUUGAACACAUGAUGAAAAGGAUGUCCAGCAGUAUUGUGAAGUCGCUAAUGGAUCACGCUGUCCCCGAGGUGUGAGGUGCUUCCGAUCGCAAUCGUACGGCAGAGGGAGCUAAGUUGCACCAGGGCUUGGUUUGGAGGCGUUUGAACCGUGGAUGUUUGCGUUUGUGUGUGAUUUUGUGCAUGUGUUUGAGAGCGACCAUCAACAGACAGACACGAGAAAACAUUUAGUUUUACUUUAAAAUGGUUCACCGAAAAAAUCUCAUCUUCAAUCUUCAUGUAGUUCCAAACUCCUAUCACUUUCUUUAUUCCAUGAAACACAAACUUUCCUGCUAUUAAUAUGACAGAAAAAUAAGUCAUAAACUAUAUUAAGUCUUCUAAAGUUACACGGUACAACAGCAUUAUUGUUGUUGUGUGGGACUGUUCUGUUAAAUGUGUAAAAGUAAAUACAUUUUAUGAUGCUUCAAACUUCCUUGUUGUUCACAUAUCUCAACAGCAUCGCUAAGGUUUGGAAAAACAUGAACAAUUUAAUGAUGAAUGUAUUUAAAUUUUUGGGUCUACUGUUACUUUAAAUAUUCUCCUUCAUCUUUAAAAACCGCAUGCAGAGCUGGGCAGUAAUGGAUUACAUGUAAUCUGGAUGACGUAAUCAGAUUCCAAAAUACUCGUAAUAAGAGUAAACUACAUUUGAAAAUACUUGUUAUCAGACUAUAGUUACUUUUUUAUGGAUUACAUGAUUUCAUUGUAUUCACAGAAUGACAGUAAGUAAGUUUUUAAUAAUUAACAUAUCUACUACUUAUAUAUGUUUGUGAGUCUGAGAGGGAAAGGGUUUGGAAUCAAACACAGAGAUCCAAAAUGGAGCGGCACUCAGCAUUUGACCGCUGAAUGUAUAAACACAAAGGGUGUGACAAGAAAUGAGAUGAGAAACAAGAUUGUGUUCACAAGAACAAGACAAGAUUUUUACAGUAUUUUUAAGGAAUCCUCAGUGAUGAAACAUAUGAAAAAUAGUAUUUUAUUCAACUGAAAAUCUUUAUCGGCUUCAGCUUUAAUGAAUGUCUAUUUUUAUGAAUUAUAACAUAAUUUAAAAGGGGCAGGGCAUCUUUAAUACAAAAAUAAAAAAAAUUCACCAUCAAAAAUAAUCUUCUCACUGGAUCUUGUCACACCCCUAACAGACACCAUUUCAUUUUUAAGGAAACUAUUCAUUGUUACUAUCAGUAAACACGAACAGCAAGUUAUAAGAGUGUUAGCUUUUUGUCUUUACCGUACUUUUAAAAGAUCUCAAGGCUCUUGUUAGUGAUAAAGAAUGGAAUAUGUAUUUUUUCUAUUUGUAUCUUUCACAAUAUUACAAAAUCAUCCUGCUUCAAUAAAUGUGACAUCAAAUAGGAAUAAAAUCAAAAGAAAUCUAAAUGUUAUCCAAAAAACAUAAAUAUGUAAUCUAAGAGAUUAUUACUGACUACAAAUUUCGUCAUACAAUUCAAAAUCAUUAACGGAUUACAAUUCAUAAGCAAUCUACCCAGCUCUACAUGUAACGCAUGAAGGUUAUUUGAAAUCCUCUCAGUUCUCAAAACAUCCCACAAAAAUAAAUAUUAAAAUAUAUAACAGCUUGCCAACACCAUUUUAAUGAUAAUAAUGCAGGUACAAAUACAGUUUGAAAGCCAUUUAAAUCUAUGCACCGCUGAAAAAGUUGUGUACAUGAAAAUGCAGGAGAGUUAAGAGAUCAGUUGUGUUUGUGUUUGUUUCUUUGUUUGUUUGUUUUGUACAUAUAAGCAAUGCAAUAGAUUGCCUUCCUCAGAAUGGGUUUGUAUUUACUGUAACUUGCUGGCUUACAAAUGAGCAGCACAAUGUUGUGAAACUGCUGUUAUAUGCUCAUCUGAUAUCAGGUGUUUCUUCUCUUAAAGAAAUAUUGUUUAUUAGACCUAUUUACAACUUCUUGUCUAUCUACAGCAUCCGUUCGUGCUGUGAUUUAGAGCUAACUUUGCUCUCAUUUUGUUGCCGAUAUAAAACAUUGUGAUUAUUGCGAUGAUUUUAAUGUUGUUUUUAUGUGGCGUGGGUGCAACCUGCACUCAGGUCAAUCCUGCAGGGAAAACCCAAAGAAAAGUGAUAAAAGUAUAUGGAAACACUUAGGAGACUGAUGUGGAAGUAAUAAAGAGACACAACUGACCACACUUGUUCUGUCUUUCUUUGGCCAAAAACACCACUUUGACUGUUUAUGAUCAUUAGAGAAAUGAUAAACGAUGCCUAUGACAUCCCACAAUCCUUUGCGUAGUUGUUUUGACAAAGAAGUCCAGUUUGAAAAACUAAAGAGAUGCUGUAAAACAUUAUGUAAAUGUGACACAUUUCACAUGCGUAGUUCCAUGCUUGUGCGUCUUAUAAUAAAAGUAGAAACCGUCAUUGAAAGACUAUGUCCCCGUUUGCAGACCACUGGAGAGAACCGUCACCCUUCACAAGGACAUGAGCGGACAACUGGGAUUCAUCUUUAAAAAAAGCCGAAUCACUUCAAUAGUGAAGGACAGCUCAUCGGCACGAAACGGACUCCUCACCGACCAUCAGAUCUGUGAGAUCAACGGUCAGAACAUCAUUGGACUGAAGGACCCCCAAAUCACCGACAUCCUUAAUUCCAGUGGGGGUGUCGUCACGGUUACGGUGAUGCCGGUGGUUAUCUUUGAACACAUGAUGAAAAGGAUGUCCAGCAGUAUUGUGAAGUCGCUAAUGGAUCACGCUGUCCCCGAGGUGUGAGGUGCUUCCGAUCGCAAUCGUACGGCAGAGGGAGCUAAGUUGCACCAGGGCUUGGUUUGGAGGCGUUUGAACCGUGGAUGUUUGCGUUUGUGUGUGAUUUUGUGCAUGUGUUUGAGAGCGACCAUCAACAGACAGACACGAGAAAACAUUUAGUUUUACUUUAAAAUGGUUCACCGAAAAAAUCUCAUCUUCAAUCUUCAUGUAGUUCCAAACUCCUAUCACUUUCUUUAUUCCAUGAAACACAAACUUUCCUGCUAUUAAUAUGACAGAAAAAUAAGUCAUAAACUAUAUUAAGUCUUCUAAAGUUACACGGUACAACAGCAUUAUUGUUGUUGUGUGGGACUGUUCUGUUAAAUGUGUAAAAGUAAAUACAUUUUAUGAUGCUUCAAACUUCCUUGUUGUUCACAUAUCUCAACAGCAUCGCUAAGGUUUGGAAAAACAUGAACAAUUUAAUGAUGAAUGUAUUUAAAUUUUUGGGUCUACUGUUACUUUAAAUAUUCUCCUUCAUCUUUAAAAACCGCAUGCAGAGCUGGGCAGUAAUGGAUUACAUGUAAUCUGGAUGACGUAAUCAGAUUCCAAAAUACUCGUAAUAAGAGUAAACUACAUUUGAAAAUACUUGUUAUCAGACUAUAGUUACUUUUUUAUGGAUUACAUGAUUUCAUUGUAUUCACAGAAUGACAGUAAGUAAGUUUUUAAUAAUUAACAUAUCUACUACUUAUAUAUGUUUGUGAGUCUGAGAGGGAAAGGGUUUGGAAUCAAACACAGAGAUCCAAAAUGGAGCGGCACUCAGCAUUUGACCGCUGAAUGUAUAAACACAAAGGGUGUGACAAGAAAUGAGAUGAGAAACAAGAUUGUGUUCACAAGAACAAGACAAGAUUUUUACAGUAUUUUUAAGGAAUCCUCAGUGAUGAAACAUAUGAAAAAUAGUAUUUUAUUCAACUGAAAAUCUUUAUCGGCUUCAGCUUUAAUGAAUGUCUAUUUUUAUGAAUUAUAACAUAAUUUAAAAGGGGCAGGGCAUCUUUAAUACAAAAAUAAAAAAAAUUCACCAUCAAAAAUAAUCUUCUCACUGGAUCUUGUCACACCCCUAACAGACACCAUUUCAUUUUUAAGGAAACUAUUCAUUGUUACUAUCAGUAAACACGAACAGCAAGUUAUAAGAGUGUUAGCUUUUUGUCUUUACCGUACUUUUAAAAGAUCUCAAGGCUCUUGUUAGUGAUAAAGAAUGGAAUAUGUAUUUUUUCUAUUUGUAUCUUUCACAAUAUUACAAAAUCAUCCUGCUUCAAUAAAUGUGACAUCAAAUAGGAAUAAAAUCAAAAGAAAUCUAAAUGUUAUCCAAAAAACAUAAAUAUGUAAUCUAAGAGAUUAUUACUGACUACAAAUUUCGUCAUACAAUUCAAAAUCAUUAACGGAUUACAAUUCAUAAGCAAUCUACCCAGCUCUACAUGUAACGCAUGAAGGUUAUUUGAAAUCCUCUCAGUUCUCAAAACAUCCCACAAAAAUAAAUAUUAAAAUAUAUAACAGCUUGCCAACACCAUUUUAAUGAUAAUAAUGCAGGUACAAAUACAGUUUGAAAGCCAUUUAAAUCUAUGCACCGCUGAAAAAGUUGUGUACAUGAAAAUGCAGGAGAGUUAAGAGAUCAGUUGUGUUUGUGUUUGUUUCUUUGUUUGUUUGUUUUGUACAUAUAAGCAAUGCAAUAGAUUGCCUUCCUCAGAAUGGGUUUGUAUUUACUGUAACUUGCUGGCUUACAAAUGAGCAGCACAAUGUUGUGAAACUGCUGUUAUAUGCUCAUCUGAUAUCAGGUGUUUCUUCUCUUAAAGAAAUAUUGUUUAUUAGACCUAUUUACAACUUCUUGUCUAUCUACAGCAUCCGUUCGUGCUGUGAUUUAGAGCUAACUUUGCUCUCAUUUUGUUGCCGAUAUAAAACAUUGUGAUUAUUGCGAUGAUUUUAAUGUUGUUUUUAUGUGGCGUGGGUGCAACCUGCACUCAGGUCAAUCCUGCAGGGAAAACCCAAAGAAAAGUGAUAAAAGUAUAUGGAAACACUUAGGAGACUGAUGUGGAAGUAAUAAAGAGACACAACUGAC